AAGGUACCCUUCACAAAAAUUGUUAUCACCCUUUCUCAGCAGGCUUUCCUGCUGAGGCUAGAGUCAAUGAGGCCCACCUGGGGCAUGAAGAGGGCAGAGCAGCUGGCAGACUACCAGUGCCAGGCCGGAUACCUGGGCAUCGCCACCGCGCUCUCUGCCAUAGACAGAUCGCCCUCCAAUAUGGAACGGACCUCCAGCAGAACGUCAGCAGGAAAGAUCCCCAGGCCUGGCAGUACCAACCACCACCACAGUGCCAGGGCAUCAUAUGCUAUCGCUAUCACCGCCACACCCCUACCCAGGCAUGCCAGUGCGGCAGCGUCCCGGGCAACCUGGUCGUGAGAGCUGUGCUCAGGAAGGAGCACCAUUCCCCAACUCCCCCACCUCUUCCAAUACCUUACCAAUAAGGCAAUACUUGCUCCUAAACACUCAUCAAAGGUCAGUUUGACAUUCUUCCCCCAGAUGGUUAAGUUGAGUUUGUUAGGAGUGUCCUACACAAUAAAGGAUCUGUGUCAGAGAGGUGCGAAGCCGGAAAGUGGUCACACUUUGUCGAAACUAAAUCUCCAUUGUGCUCUGAUCAUGCACUUGUCCAGUAAUUCUGCUUUAGCACACAAUACUCGUAAAUAAAGGGAUCUGACACUGACUGGCUGUUUCCCAGAUGUAGAAUAAGCCUCGAAGAACUUUCAAUUGAGCUUUCAAUGUAUUUUUUUUUCCCUUGGAGAAUACUUUUUAGUCCAGGAGUAGGUUUAAGUUGGGUCCGGGAAACCAGUCCUAUAUGAUGUAAGAAUGAUAUUGUGUUGCCGUUAUACAACCGUUCUCAUAAAACUGUGUCACUAUUGCUAUCCAGGACCAACUCUAGCUGCUAUAAAGUAUUGUGAACUGUACUUCUGUUGUAAUGGAAGAUAUAGCC